GUGGGAAUUUGUUGAUAUGUCGAUUUUCAGUGAGAUACGAAUAAAAAAAUAGGAAAGAAAAGAACAAAAACAUUGCCACUGGAGCGGAAAACCAGUGACUCGAUCGACGUCAAACAGUCAAAUAUUUGAUGGACUUUGAAACGGCUUAGCAGCCUCUCGCUCGAUUGUUACGUUGCUUAACAUUGCGAAAAUUGCUAAGUAAUUUAGGGAAGUUCUCGUAGACGCUGUUCAGAGGUGGAAAGGGAGAUUUUACACCGGUAUUUCUACAAUAAUGCUACGUUGUGGAUGCCGCAGUUUGUCCCAGGGUCUUGCUUACUUACCUAAAACAAGAACAAGCCAAAGUUUUCUUGAUGUCAGUCGGUAAGGAAUCGUAAUUUCACUUGGUGUUCUUCAAUAGAGUUCUUGUUACAUAAGCUAAAGAUCGUCGGCUACCUUUCGAUUAUAGCUUGAUUAUCAGAUGUUCAGAUAAUAACUUGGGAUAAGAGGCUCUAAAUUGAAUGAUAGUUUAUCUGUCCCUACGUUCGAUUCAAAGGGAAGUGUGUCUGUACUUGUCGAAGUAAUCAAAUUCAAUCGGUCGAGGUUAGUGCGUGAUGUUUCGUUUCCGAGCUGUUGCGAGAUUGGCGUUAGGACUUCUUCAAAUAGAAAUUGAAAGAAGACCAAGAUAAACUAUGACAACGAGCAAUUAAAAUUACAGCGAAUCGGGUUUUCUCUUUGAUAGCCCUGAAGGCCAAGUUUCAAUAGACAAUGACCAGUACUCUAGUUCCAGUAGGUUUCUUCUCAAUGUAAUAUGAAAUGUUGAUGGUUUCGAACUGAUCAGGAAUCGAUUGACUUCUAACUGGUUAGGUUUUGAUUUUUCAGUUAUUAGUAAUCGGAAAUAUUAUUAUUGUUUGGGAAUAAUGAUAAAAGGAUGCUCAAAAACAAGUCUUAGUAAAUUUUAGCAGAAUUAGUUGUAAUUAAAUUACAUGUUUGAAACGAAUUAAAAGGUGCUCAAUUUUAAUUGCUUUACUUUUCCAAGUAUCCAAAAUGCAAGUCAAGUUGUGUGGUUGGUUUUCAACCCCUUUCCACAACUGUUGAUUUACUUAAUCCUUAAACUUCCCAAAGUGAUUAACAAUUAACUUCUCCCUGCAAUAUCCCUACAUUGUUCAGAAACCAGGUGAUGAGAAUACUCAAAUUUAUCAGGUACAUGUUGUUAUCGUGGUCUAACACCAAAUUCUCUGAACUAAUUUAGAAGGAAAUGUGUAGUAGCUAGAGGGGAGAAUUUAUAAUCAGAUCUUGGGUUUAGCUAUGAGUAUUACUUCACUCAAAACUAUCACAGAUGAGUUGAAGCAUGUCACUGCAAAGUUGUGAAGUUUUCUCAGUGUACAAGUGAACUUGGAGGCAAGAUUUCUCAGUUUGUCAUAGUUCAAGCCAUUUGGAUUUUGUUGGUUUUCCUUGGUAUUUUUGUUAAAUAGUGUUCUUCAGUAUAUGACUUUUUCAGUUUAUGAUUGUGUUAUUUCAUGUUCGAACAGGGUGGCAGUUUUAAGUUCAAAAUAUGGAAGGAAUGAUUAUGCUACAGAUGUCAAGGUAUGUGUGUGUAUGUUUGCUAGCAGUGUUCAUAUUACAUUAAUCUUCCCUGCUUUAAAAAAAAAAAAAAAAAAAAAGGACUCCUCACCUGAAAAAGGGUACCCAGGGCAAAUAGAAUAUUCAAUGAAGUUAGAUUUUUUCGAAGUACAUAGCAUCCCCAGUGGCUUGUUAGAAGUAACCAAGGUACCUACAUGUUGUAUAUGUAACUUUUACAGUUUCCCCACCACUAAAUUGAAACAAAUGUGUGUAUAAUGUAUUACAGUGGCUAAUUAAUAAUUCUCUCUGCCCUUUAAGGCUACUCAGUCAAAGUCAUUCGUCAUGGGUUUAUUUAAAGGUCAACUUGAUGUACAGCAGGUGUUUCCUUUUCCAGAAGGUUAGAUGAGGUCAUUUUAUUUGGGUAUUUUUGUAUUAUAACUAUAGUAUGAAAAUACAACACUUCAUAUUUUACAGUGUUCUAUAUAUUUUAGUCUGACGUGAGCUGGUUAAUUUUGCUUUAUUAUAGUUCUAGACUCUGAACAAGAAAGCACAUUGAAAGCUUAUGUUGAUCCGGUGGCCAAGUUUUUUGAGGUAAACAUAUAUAGGUUAUAGCUGUUUUCAUUUCAGCCCUUUGACAGCUGGUGACAUUAUUAUCAUUAUUAUUAUUAUUAUUGUAUGCACCUAUCUAUGGAUCUCCAGGUUUCAGGGGUGUAAGGGAGGGGGGCAGGGGGGAAUUAGAUAUUUUCAUGUUUUCAAAAAGUCAAUUUUCCCAGCCUUUAUAGUCAUUAUGUGUCAAAAUUUCACCCCUGGGGACCAGAGAUAAAAAUACCAACCUGUGCACAUAUUAGUUUUCCAGAAGUAUAAUCUAAAGAGUCCACUUGCACCACUGUCAUAUUUUUUAAUUAUUAUUCAGGAGAGCAAUGACCCAGCAAAGAAUGAUGAGAUUGAAAAAGUCGCUGAUGACACUUUUGAAGGCCUUAGAGAGAUGGGUGCUUUUGGACUUCAGGUAAUAAAUUUGAUAAAUUUGGUUAUUGUAUUAUUUUUUUCCUUUUUUUCACUGUCAGCAUUCUUGACCUUUUAUUUGUAGAAGCUUGUAUGUGGUGCUGAACAGAAAUUCAUAAUUUUAAAUUUUCAGAUAUCCACAGAUUUGGGGGGCCUUGGUCUUACUAAUACACAGGUAAACUGUUCAUUCCAGCUUCUUGUUUUUUUUGUUGUCCCUGCAAAAUUGGAGUCACUGAUAAUCAGUGGAAAGAUUAUUCAAUUUUUUUUCUCUCUACUAAUGUUUUUGCCUUUUCACCUCCAAUUUGGUAAACCAAAAAAAACCAAACAACUUUCAAUUAUGAAAGUACAAAUUUUAAUCCUCUUGCCCUUAUUGGUGUGUCUGUUUCAGUAUGCCCGCCUGGUUGAGAUUGUUGGUUCACACGACCUGGCAGUAGGAAUUACCCUUGGAGCUCAUCAAUCUAUUGGAUUUAAGGGAAUUCUUCUCUAUGGAAACAAGGUACAGUCUACAUGCACAUGCAUAAUACAUGUGGUGUAAUAGCAAGGUCUUAUUUCAACCACUAGUUCGCUGGAGUUCUUAGCUGCGAGGAUCUCUUAUAUUUGUUUCUUCACCACAGUGCACAUAUAUGAAUUUCAUAAAUCUAAUUUCAUUAUUCAUCACCUGGGUGGUUUAUUUGGACCCAGCAUAUUGACAAGCUCCCAGUUGGCUUGUUAGCUCAGUUGGUAGAGGGCUGCACCAUUAUCACAGAGGUCAUGGGUUCAAAUCCCAUAUGGGCCUGAAUUUUUUUCAGGUCUUAUUUCAACCACUAGUUCAGUAGUGUCCUUAGCUGCAAGGAUCUCUUAUAUUUGAUCCAAGGACAGUGUUUUUCUUUGUCUUUUUUUUACAUUCAUUUGUUGCAUUUUGAUGACUUUGAGAGGCAUACAGGUACAAUAUAAGUAUCCUCUCUGCUGAGAAAGUGGUUUCUAAGGACAUAGCAAAUUGUGCCUAUGCAUGUCUUGGCUGUAGUGAAGUUUUGAGACAAAAAUAAAGACAAUUGUGAAGAAUUUUCUCAGCACUUUGUGUUAAAAAUGUGUUGAUUGUGUGUAAAAUGCACUGGAUUAUGCUGAAAUUUUUCACAGUAUUGAUCAUUUGGUCAUUCUAAUACAUUAUAUACUAAUUAAAAAUGUUAUGUGAUUUCAUAGACAUGUCAUAGAUCUAUCUUAUCAUGAUGUGCUUCGGUUUGGUAAAUGAUGACAUGUGCAUGUAUCUUGGCAAAUUAGCCUUGUGCUGUGGCUGUUUCUUUUUUAUGAUUUUCUUACACUUGUUUUUCUCUUAGGAGCAAAAAGAAAAGUACUUACCAUCAGUAAGUAAUGGUGAUAUUGUUCUUUCCAUGUGCACAAAUACACAAAUGUCUUGUAUUUUCACUGAUAAAUUGGUCUCAUUUUUUAAGAUUUUUUCAUAUUUUAAAUAGUACUGACCAUGAUAUCAUUUUUAUUUUUCCUUGUUUAUUUUCUCACAGCUUGCAACUGCAGAUAAAGUGGCUGCAUUUUGUUUAACUGAGCCAAGCAGUGGAUCUGAUGCAGGGGUGUGUACCUUGUACAUGUAUAUGACUUUGAUAUCAAAUGUAACUUAAGUCAACUCUGUAAAGACAUUGGUGCCCAGAAAAAUGCUCACAUGUGGGAAAUGACUAGUAUGAAUUGGGCUGAUAGAAAGUUAUGCCUCAACUUUUGCAACACCUUCCCAUUUAUGGUAAUUGUUAGUGCUCCAUUUACUUGACAUUCAAUUGCUUGUGGUGUAAAAGUUAGGCAGAGGUUAUCCAAGCUCAUCAGUUGGUGAUACAUUGAAGAGAGUUUGUGUUCCUUUUUUUCCAAUGUAGCAAAGCUGAGACCAACAGGUCAUGAAACAUGAAAACUGUGAAUGCUUAGUAAAUGAGGUGAAAUUUUUCUUGUCCUAGUCAAUAACAACACAGGCAGAGCUUAGUGAAGAUGGGAAGCAUUUCAUCCUCAAUGGAGGCAAAAUAUGGUGAGUGCACAAUUUUACAAGGACUAUACACAAGAUGGAUAUAACCCCUUCCCCUUUCUCUACCCUUGUCUGUGGUUUUUAUUAUUUUAAAUUGGCCACUGUGAAGAGUUAAUAAAACUGACAUUUCAAGCAAUUACUGUCUGUCUAAGGGAAUGAAACAUCUGUGCCCCUAAGGUUCAUAAUUUGGAACAUUAUAGAGUAAAUCUUAAUGGGGUUGUCACACUAUUGAAGUAGUCUUUUCAAAAAUUGAGCAAGAUAUCAUUCUCUAGCUGUGAGUUGUAAAGUACCUUGUGUUAUUCAUCAGUUUAUUUUAAAAAUCAAAUUUGUUGGCUGUUGGAUCAAGGGAAAUAUAGAUUGUAAUGGCAAGAAUAGAAGUAAUACUUCUUAUCACAUGUACAAACUUUUGAUUUAGUGAAUCGUUUACGUUGUUCCUCAGGAUUAGUAAUGGGGGCUUAGCAGAAAUAUUCACUGUCUUUGCCAAGGUACAGUUUGUAUAGUAUUUUAUUUUAAAUACAAGCUUUUGUGAAAGUGCUUCCACUGUUCAUGGAAACAUUCAUGGAAACAUUCAUGGAAACAUUCCUUGAAACCAGGUCAUGCCAACAAAGGGACAUUUGCUAAGAUUUGUUACAGGACUUUCUUUUCUUUAACCUCUGUAAAAAAAAUGUUUUUUUUUCACUGUAGUCACACCUUCUCUGCUUGUACCCUACCAAUGCGAAAAAAGCUGUCAGGCUUUUUUGAUCAUUCUAUGACAAGCAGUACAUUUAUUUGUUAUGGUUACCUAGCAGUACUGAGAUUAGUUAUUAGCGAACUCUGGUAUGGAGUCAAAUGAUGUUUGAGAAAUGUUGUUCUUUUAAUGAGCAUGUUCAUUUUUGUGCAGACACCAUUGAAAGAUCCAAAGACAGGUGAAAUGAAAGACAAAGUGACUGCAUUUAUUGUAGAGAGAAGCUUUGGAGGAGUGUCAAGGUAUUGCUGUUUGUCAAAAAAUAUAUAACAUCCAAAACAAAACAACAACAGGAAAAAGAAUGUCUUUUGUUGACAAAUUUUUAUCCAUUCUGUCUAUUGUUAGUGGUCCACCAGAGAAAAAAAUGGGUAUCAAGGCUUCUAAUACUGCUGAGGUAAGACUCUUUACUGAUUUUUACAAUACAGGUAGAUACUGUACCCAUGUACUGGUGGAGGGGAUAAUCCUAUUAACGCAAUUCAUUAGUCACUUUUUUAAGUGUUUUCUUCUAUUUGUUUUUCUUAUUUGACUUUUGUUGAUUUUAAACUUACACUUCUUAACCUUUUAACUCCCAAGAUUCAAUUAUUAAUUCUCCCCUCAGGCAGCUACACAUUUCCUUGUAAAUUUGUUGCAAGAACUUGGUGUUAAAUCAAGAUAACAACUUCCAUGUGAUAAGUUUGAGUAAAUUCUCAUUACCUGUUUGCUGGAUAAUGUACUGAUAUUACAGGGAGAAAUUAUAUUUUAAUCACUUCUGGAAGGUAAAGGGUUAAUUAAAAGUAUAAUUUGUAGUUUCCAUCUCUGUGACAAAUUUUGUGUUCUUUUGACAGGUUUACUUUGAUAAUGUCAAAGUACCAAUGGAAAAUGUACUAGGAAGUAAGUGCACAGUAGAUAUACCAUUAUUUGUUUCACAGAUCGAUUUUGUUUUUUUUGGAGUGUUUGUUUAGUUAUGUAUUGCAAUUUUUAUGCAUGCCAGAAUCAAAUCAUUUCCUCGAAACUGCAGAUUAAGGUUAUGGAAAAGGUCUUCAGGUUUCUUGCAUCUCAAUAAUCCUUUUGAAUAUACUUUUUAAAAUAUUUCUUUUUUUUUAUGGUAGAUGUCGGUGAUGGAUUUAAGGUUGCUAUGCACAUUCUUAACAAUGGAAGAUUUGGAAUGGCUGCUGCUUUGUCAGGCACAAUGAAGGGACUUAUCAUGAAAGCUGUAAGUAUUUAAUUAUUUAUUUAUUUAUGGCUUCAUAGAGAAAAUUUAGACAUUUUCUAAUUUAUCUAUGGAUACAUUGGGAGGGAGUUUGAAGGAUUCUGAAAUUAGGGGAGCCUGCGUUUUUUUUUCCUGCUUGGGUUGAGCAUCAGAACAUAUUUGUGCUGUUUUUGAUUGAGUGUUGCUUAUGUUAUUUUAUGAUUUUGGGAAUGUGUGGCCUGUGACCUUGAAAGUGAUGGUUGAAUCAAGUAUGACAAAAGUGGUGUUAUAUUAUGUGCGCAAACACUUGUAGAAACACUGUUAGAGUAUCUAGUGUGACCACUUUCAUGAUAAAGAAGCUCUGAAGCACGCACCUGUACAUGUAAAGUCAAGUCAUCUUGAUUUGUAUUAAAAAGGGAGUUAUCAUGAUGUAAAAAGUUGGUCGUCUGGUGUGGAUCCAUUCCACUUAUGUGGUUGUGAGAACAGAACAGAACAAAGAAUGACAAUCUUAAAAUUUUCUCUACCGAAGGCUGAUCAUGCUGGGAGCAGAGUCCAAUUUGGAAGUAAACUGGAGAAGUUUGGAGUUAUCCAGGAGAAGCUUGCAAGGAUGGCCAUGUGCCAGUAUGUUACAGAGGUAAUUUUGAGAAUGAGUCGUUUGAGUGCUUGUCUACUUGACGAAAAAACAAAUUAAGACAAAAACAAUAACCAUAAUUAUAGAGAAACUACAAACAACUUGAUCUAAUCAUGUAACGAAAAAAGAUAUAAAUCAAGAAGCCAAUGGCCAUUGAGAGUAAAUUCAAUAAGUUGGCCACAAGCUUGAGAAAAGACAAUGAACAAGUCGCUGUUACAUGUAGUUUGAGUUUUAUAUCUUACUAGAUGCAAAGGUUGCGUGAGUUUUAAGACCAAUCAAAGACAAAAAAACCAUUGCAUUGAAAAAAAGACGAACGAACAAACAUACAAACAAAACAAAGAAAACGAAAUAAAGAAAACAGUUGCGUUGAACGAACCGUGUGUUUCAGAAUAUAUUGCAAGGUCAACUGGGGGUCCUAGAAAUACGAGUGGUCGAAAACCAACAUGAAGGUCUUUUUUGUGUCCGUGGAAAGUGUUUCUUCGGUUGUCUUGUACUGAGUAACAAAUUUGAUCAUCGUCUUUUUUUAUUCCAGUCAAUGGCGUACAUGUUGAGUGCUAACAUGGAUCAAGGGGCAACUGACUUUCAGCUGGAGGCCGCCAUCAGUAAAAUUUUUGCGUCGGUAAGACUGGAAGUAACUGUGUAUAGGACUCAGUGGGGUAAUAGCGACAGCGUGUUUGACCCUGCACUUUGGUCAGGGUGAGAGGGUGACCUCUGACGAACAACUGCGUUGUGGCUUUAGAAAGACACUUUACUUUCACAGUGCCUGCCUCUCUCUUCCUCUCCCCCCCCCCCAGGGGCAUAAAUGGCUACUAACGAACUCUCUGGGUACAUGUACCUAAAAAAAUGCUGCAAAGUCUAUCUUGGAUGCACAAGCAUCCCAUCGGAAGGGUUUAAACAUAUCCCCAGUUGUUUCAUGCUGUUGAAACCGUGCAUAAGUACUGGUGCAGUAGUUAAGGGUUACCCCGCUCUUAGACUUAGCCUGCCCAACCACAGACAGCAACUAAGUUAGAAAAGGGACAAAUUGAGUAAGAAAGUGAUAAAACAUGACGACCAAGCGCUUUUCUCGAUCGCUUUUUUUUUUCUCAUACAGAAGAAUAAAAAUUUUCUACUUGAAAUUCUCAACUGAGGUUGUAAGAAAUUAUUUAAGUUUCUUGAAACUCGAUUCUCUUACCUAAUUUCUGGAAAUAACCGAGGAUCCAGUUACGAGGCAAGACUGUCAGCAACCAGUGACCGUUAGUGUACCUGUAAACACGUGAUUAAGAAAAUUCUCACUCUCCAGGAAGCAGCAUGGUUCGUGGCAGAUGAGUGCAUUCAGAUUCUUGGGGGAAUGGGUUACAUGAAGGUGAGUUAUGUUCCGUUGAAUGAUCUUGAGCAUUACCGUGUACUGCAAAAGGACAGCAGGUCUCUGGAACUUCCUAGAGCACUCCAACCAACUAUUUUCUUCGUUUGACGUUUUUCAGGAUUGUGGAACUGAACGCGUCAUGCGUGAUCUUAGAAUUUUCAGAAUAUUCGAAGGUACCAAUGACAUUUUGAGGUUGUUCGUCUCCUUAACUGGCCUUCAGGUAAGCUUACAUGAGUUCUGUUUUUGUUUAGCAUACAUAUUGUUUUACAUUUUUAAGAAAAGUCGACAAUUUUUGAUAUUUGAGAAUCUUAAGAUUUUUUUUCCUAUGGGAGGCGUGGUGGUCGGUACCGUAAAAUUUUAAUAUUGAAUUAGAAGGCCCAUGUUCAACUUCUGUCGAGUUAAGGAGUCUCACUUAACUAUUAUGGUGCUUCAUAAACCCUUUUGACCCUAACAUCAGUAUGCUAAUUCUCCUUACUGUUCUCUAUACAUUUUCCAAGGCGCUUAUUAGGAGAACUUGUUUCAUAAUUAAGAGCUCUUUUUAGUUGCUGAUCAUUUCCUUCGUUCCUGCGACCUUCAUAUGUGAUUCAAGGGUGAUAUUGUAAGGAGAAAUUACAUGCUGGUCAUUCUUAGGGGUCAAGGGGUUAUUUCCUAAAUGCAUAAAUAGACAGUAGCAUUUUGGGCUGUCCUGGAAUCCUGACGAUAAUUUCAACGUGUUUAUCAUCCAGAAGAAUAGUUAGUUGUAAUGGCCUUUUGUCAAUCUUCUAUCACUAACCGCUGAAAAUGAGUUGAAAGCCAGUAAACUUAAAAUAAAUAUUCUUAAUAAAUGCGAUUAUCAAUUUUCUCAGGACGCUGGAAAAUAUCUGCGGGAACUUCAGAAGUCCUUGACAAAUCCUGCAAAUGUUGGGCUGAUUUUAUCUGAAGGAAUGAAGAGAACAAGAAGGUAUAAACACUGCUAGUGUUAGUUACCUAUCGCGAUAUUUUCAUGUGUUGUUUUCCUAUUCUGUGUAUACAAUUCAUUUAACCGCCUUUAUUUGCUUACGAAAAACCAGGGCUGUUGGAUUGAAGUCAGGACCGUCUCUAACUGAACAUGUUCACGCGGAUCUGGCAACUUCCGCCAAGCUGGUGAGUACACGAAAUAGGGGUGUGUUGUUUUUUGUAGAGGAGCUGAAGGAAGAAUGAGGAAGAAAGAAUGAAAUUAAGGAAUUGUGAAAGAAAGAGGCAAGGCUGUGGAGGGAGAGGCGCGUGUGGUUUUAGAGCAGGGGGCUGUGUGAUUUUGAGGGAGGGGGGAGGUAGUUUCGUACGCAGCUGUUGUUGCAACGAUUCCUUUUCGAGAGAGAUGGCGUAACAAUGGCUGUUUAUAAGAUUACCUUGUAGGCUUUUUUCUUGUAGAGAGUAAAAUUUAAUGUAGCUUAACAAUUUUUUUUCUUCAAUUUUUUCCCUUUUUUUCUGUUUAGUUGUCGGAAGCUUCCGGUGACUUUGCUGUGACCGUGGAGAAGUUGUUGAUUAAACAUGGCAAAAACAUCAGAGGUAACUAACCGUUGACUUCGCUCGUAGCCACCAUGUUAAUUUAUUUUCCCGUACAUAGACAUGUAAUACAACUUAUGGAAAAAGGAUCAAAUCCUCCUUUCAUAUCGACCGUCCAAAUUGGUCGGCUGAGGGAAAUUGCAGGGCUGAGGCGAUUGUAUGCCCCGUCAGUCGAGAUGUACUAUCGUUCCUCAAAACGAAUAGAUUACAUGUACCGUAGGGGAAUGAGAUGUUUGUAUAUACAUAUACCAUCCUUGUUAAGCCCUUUACACCCUCAUAUCAGUACACUGUAUGUAAAUUCUCCAUGCCGUUCGCUAUACGUUUCCGAAGGAGCUUGCAAGGAGAAUUUAGAAUCUGAUAGUAAGGUUAAAUCUGGAGGGAGUGAUCUAUUUGCUGACUAUUUUUUUUUUUAGUUUUUUAUUUAUUUUUUGAUAUUUUUUAUUGAUUAAGCAAAUUGCUUCAUUUGCGUUGUAGAGUUCAGUCGUUGAGAUCAUAUCUGUAAAGGAUGCUUUUGUUUUUAUUGUUACAGAUGAACAGUUCUUACUUAAGAGACUUGCCGAUGCUACAAUCGAUAUUUAUGGCAUGGCAGCGGUGCUUUCCAGGUAAGAUGCGCGUUUUUUUUUCUGUCACUCUAAAGAAGGCACGCGAUAUACGCAAUUAGUUAUUACCAGUUACGUUCCUUCGGGUUGAUUCCGUCUACUGACUAGAUGUUUUAGUACACUGCUAUACGUAUAAAAUCAGUUUUUGUUUCCCGAAAGUUGCAAGGGUAUAAAAAUGUUGUGAGAGAUUGUGCCUUAUAGUAAAUACUUCGUUUGACUCCUUACAGUACAGUUCAAGUAUAAUCGAACCAAAAUAUGCGAGCAAAACACGCAUAGCACGCGUAUAAGACCAUCUGCAUAAUAGUAUAUACAUACGAGCAUACGCGUAUAUACUCACACGUAUGUGUCAUUAGUAGGUAUGAGCUAGCUGAUUGUUUUCCCUGUUGUGUGGUAGUCAACGUUUAUUUCAAUGGGCAUUGUAAUCGCGGUAAAAACUGGUGUUCAAGCUGUUAUGCCUUCGGUUCUUUAUUGAUUUUGCUGUUUAUUCCACCUUUACCGCUUCCUUGAAUUUUUUUUUUGUAAGAUGGUUAUUUCAUCUUUCUUUUCUGUUCCACAGGGCUUCCCGAUCCCUUAACAAUAAAGCUCAAUCUGCGCAACACGAGGCUAUGAUAACAACGGUUUACUGCGAUGAGGUAAAACAAUGGUUGAAUAUUUCACUGUAGAUAUCAGGUUUGGAAGUACGAUGGAAGUUCUCCCAAUUGACUCUCUCGUAAGCGUAAAACUCUGCUUGAAAUCUUCCCCACGAAAAUCUCUUAAUCGUUUUGCGUCUUACCAGCAUCGAUUAAGUGAUGAAAAGAGAGUUCAUAGCGUAUACAACUGUCAUAUUUCAGUAUCACGCUCUUCCCCACAGAGCUUAGCCUUAGAGCGAAAAGUAACCUUAAGAGUUCUGCCUUUGUUUAAGUGAUAUCAGUAUACUUAAUUAUCACUACAUUGUUUGCUUGUCUUUUCACAGGCUUUUGACAGAAUAAGACAAAAUCUGGGCUCCUUACACGACUCCAAUAAAGUCUCGAACGACACCAAGAUGUCGAGAAUAGCAAUGGACGUCAUCAAGAAUGUGAACACAGUUCCCAGUCAUCCCUUGGGGUUCUGAUAAUCCCACGGAUAAUUUAACUCGAAUAACGCGUGGUCGACCUUUGGAUGAUGAUCUUCCUCAGAAUAGGCUGUAAUUGAGAACAAAAUGUCUAUGAAAAUGAUUUGCUAUGGCUGGGGAUGGACUCUGUAUGACGUCACGCAAAUCUACUGAUAACUGUUACACAUUUCUUUUGAUAACCGUGCAUCAGAACAGUGCUGUCAUGCGUCAUUUUUUAUGUAUAAGUAGCAAGUUGGACUCUAUAGUUUCUGUAAACACUUAUGGACGUGUGUACUUAGCCUAGAAAUUUCAGUGCGUAACAUGUAGUGUAAUUCCCAGAGAGGUUUCUUUUUGAAAAAUUACAGUCAAAUCUAGAGAAAGACAUGAGUAAAGGUGAAAUAAUUUUAUCUUAGUGGUGACAGCAAACAGACUCGAGAAGCAAGAAGAAUGCAAGCCAAAGAAACCACGUCCCCUACCAUUUGUCGUAAGAUGAAGUAAAUAGUAUCUGGUCAAAAAGAGUAAUUUUAUGAAUGUAACGGCACACCUUUUUGACGUUAUUUAUCUGGCUGGUACGUGUAGAACGCUGUAAUAAAGUAUGUGUCGAUUGGUAACGUAAUAUCAAUAGUGUUUUGGUGGCACAAUGUAUAAAACUUGAGGAAGACUUUAUCUCUGGUUCGAAUUAGUUGGAUGUCCACUUGGAGAAAGUUGACUGUAAGUUUCUCGGGGCAUUUGUUAGCCAGACCAUGAACGUAAAGAUCUCGUUUAUAAAUGG